AUGGCUGACAGUGUUGUGUCCCAAGGUGUUGCUCUCCUUGGUUGGACGUUCCUCCCUGCUUAUGCCACAGCUUUCCUGCAGUCGCUCUAUUACAGGCUGACGAUAAGUGCUGGACGCCGACAUCCCCAGCCUGGGGAGCCUCUAUUCGCCUACCACAACCGUCGAAUCCGGGUAUUCGUGUUGUCCCUCUAUCUCGUUUACACCCUUGCGCAGGCCCUCUACGAUAUCAACUUGGCCGGCGACUUUUACACGAUUCUCGGAGUUACACCCUGGUCGACUGAAAGGGAGGUCAAGAGCCGUUUUCGCAAGCUUGCUUCGAGGUACCAUCCAGACAAAUUGCAUGAGAACGGGCAGACAUUUCCGGGGGCCGAUGCUGUCUUCGUCCAUCUCAAGCUUGCCCACGACACAAUCCUCGACCCAGCCAAGCGCUUCGCAUAUGAUCGCUUCGGUCCUAUCAUCGUCCAGGUCAAUCAACCGGGACUGAGGAAUAUUCGAGACUAUGUCUAUGCCGGGCUGCGUUCGAAGGCACCCGAAUAUCUAUCCAAUGCUGCCGUGCUCAUAAUAUUGAACUACAUCUGGCUGCCAAAAUGGGGGCAAUUCUGGAGAUACUUUGCCAUUGCAUGCAUGGCCUUCCUCGAGCUAUACUUCUUGACUCAUACGUGGAACCCACCGAGGCUGGUCAAUCUUUGGGCGAAUACGGCAUACACGCUUCUGCCUCAACUAUUACCACCACACCUUCUCCCUUUUCAAAUCCUAGCGCUGGCAAGAAAGAUGUCUAUGUCUCUCAAUAUCUUCAUUUCACAGCUGGCUCCUCCGGCAGCACGGCAACCUGGAUUGAAAGAUCAGCAGAUGCAGCAGCAGGUUGCUCAUCUGGCGCAAACAGCGACCAGGCUGGACGCGGAGUCAGGAAGCCUUCUUCAACUUGGACUGAGUCCUUUCAAGGGAGAUGCUGAAAAGUCGGAGAUUCUGCGGACCUCUAUGAAGGAGACUUUGCUCCUGUCCGCUCUGAGAAACAACCCCGAAGUCAGGGACGCCGUGCAGAGGGUGUUGGAUAGACGGAGACAUAGUCCCAUAGUGCAUGACGCAGAAUAA